CCAUCCAUGUUUAUGAAUCCAUAGGAACCUAAGGGAUUCCUGAUCUUAUAUUGCUGACAGCUGCCCUCGGCUUCGAGCCAGCAACGAACCAAAUCUUUUCUCUGUCUCUACUGUCCUCGGUUCCGGGCCUGUCUCAUUUUCUCCAUCUUUAUUUCUUUGGUUCGCAUUGAAGGUGCCCCUCCACCUCGUGACCCCACAAACCUCGAGCCGCCAUGGCGUCCAACCAGUCACAGUCACCGCCGUCACAACCCUUUUACAAUCUGCAAGACGCCCCACCAGUUCCUCCCGGGAAGGGCCCAGUGCACUACCAGCACCAGUCCCCGGUUCAGCAAACCCCCCGCCGACCGCCACAGCAGCUCCAACAGCCCUACAACACCCACCAGCCGUUCCCGGAAAAGCUCCCAGCGGCCUUCCCGCCUGCCCAGCCCGAGGGCCUGAAGCGCAGCGUCGUUUUAGGAGUCCUUGCACUCAUCGCUUUUUUGUUCCUGGCCGUCAUUGGCCUCGGCGCAGGCCUGGGGGUCAGCCAACGUGACCUGAGCCAAGCAAAGUCCGACCUGAAGGUCGCUGAAGCUGUUGCUUCUGCUGUACUCGUUAUUACAACCCCACCUGCGUCGACAGUUCAUGUCACCCACACUCCGUCACCAACCACACAGGUCACGCCAACGAGGUCGACCACCCCAGCCGCCGCAUCCUCCACGGGCUCCUCUGUUGCCUCGGCAUCCUCGGGCGUCUGCCCAGGCACCAAUGGCACAUUUUACACGUCAUCCGUGGCCAGUGGCAGCAAGAGGUUUCAGCGCCUGUGCGGCCUUGAUUUCAGUGGCCCGGGGCAGGCUGAAGACAUUGGGAGCGUCAACACAACCAGCCUGAACGACUGUAUUGACGCCUGCGCCGCCAAGACCAACUGCACUGGUGCCGGUUGGGGCAUCAUGACCGGCACCAACUCCUCCAUACAGCCUUGCUGGAUGAAGACGAACCUUAACAAGAACCACAAAGCCACAGUAGGCUGGGGUUUUGCCAUUCUAACACCUCAGGAGUGACCAGCCGCAAAUAGGCGAGCCUGAAAAAGCUGCCGAGGGCGGGGGGGACUGAGCCAGCAGCUGGUCUCUUGAUACGAAACGCUACCACCACAAGUUCCGGGGUAGAAGAUUGCAUGAUUAUGCGCCGCUAUCGAUUUGGGUCCAGGAAAGAGUUCGACGUUUGAGGCACGGGUGAGAGGAAUCGCCCCGUUGUAAACUACUAAAGCUGGCCCUCGGCUUCUCAGACAUGCUGAGCCACGUUAGCACACAAAUUCACUUCUGAUGCAAAACA